UUGUUGUCAACGCGUUGCUAUGGAGCCGCUGGAGGUUUAAACGACAAAGAAAUCAGGAACUUCCGCUGCUCGACCCGCCCUCAGGUGGAUAAACGUGAUUUUAACGUGUUAUAAAAGUUUAAAAAAGCGUCUUAGUUUUAAAAAGCGUCUUCAAUGGACGGACUGGACGUUUUACGACAGCGUAACAAGGACUUAUUGGACCAGCUGAAGCGGCUGAGCGGCUGCAGUCAGAGCCGCAAGAGGGACCGAGAGGACGAGGCUGAGGAGAGCAGAGAGCCCGCACAGCUCCUCCGCACCCUGACCGAUGGAGACCGCGGCGCGGGCAGGGCUGCCCUCGCCAGACCCACCGUGAGACUCGCGGAUAUAUGUGAAGGACAAACAGGCAUCCGGAGCAAUAUUACAACGCCACCUUUGACCUCCAAACAGAGUGGACGCUCUGCUGAACAUACGACACCGUCUGACCUUUUCAAAGACAGCGACCGACAUCUGCGAGUCCACAACAGGCCGCAGGAUGCGAGGCCCAAGUCCUGUUUAGUAAGUCACAGCAAAGAACAGAGGGAAGUGCGGAAUCGGGUCACAUUUCAGUCUAAUGAACAUGAAGAGACAUCCGCCUCAGAGAGUCAUCAUCACAUGCAGCCUUUACUCGGUUAUGACUGGAUAGCAGGAGUCCUGGAUGCUGAGGACUCUUUGAUAGAGCGCUCUGAUGAGUUCUUCAAUGACCUGUGCACAUUUCGAUCACUCAAUAAAGACGAGUGUGUCCACAGCCUGCAAGCAGAAUUUGCUGAGGAGAAUCAGUCAGUCCUGCCGCUGCAAACAGACAAGAACGUCCCGGAGGCUAAGACGGACACUCAUCAAUGUACCUUCUCAUACAGGAUUAACAGCAGACUGUUCCCCGUCCCACUUCACUCUCAGGAAUCCUGCCCGGUCUGCAGAAAGCAUAAAACCUCGCACCCACACACUGUUGCUGAACCAGCUCUCAUCAGGGUCAGCAUCCCUCGCUCCGCCCUCUUGCCAUCUUACAAAUACAAAGCUCAUCGGCGGAGCAGUUUUGAUCCUUCUGAUAGUCUGGGGUUACCGUCGCACUGUCUCUCAGGCUGGUCAAACAAAGGUCAGAGCUCACUGCCGCCACCCAGCAGCCUUGACCUGCGGAGCAGUCUGAAUACAAAGAACAAAGAGCUGGAGGGCUGAAAAACACUGUAGAAGCUGAGGACAAUGUACUGUAUAGAAGAUGCAAGUCACAGGAAACCACAACCACCUCUCACAUAAUGUAGCAAUCCCACCGAUGACACGUCAGUGUUUUCCAGUUUGUGUCACUGCUCUGAGGACAGCUCUUUGAGAACUGAGGUGGCAUCAUGUCAUGGCGAGGGUAUUGAUCAUUUCUCUUUAAUAAAUCUUCCAACAUGAGACAUCUUGGACUACACUUUUUCUCUCCACUGACUUUUUUCACUGAUGAAUAAAGUACUGCAAAGAUACGCUAAUGUAGUUCCUGCUGUCUCUACUUUGAUGUUUUGUACCGACUUUUCCAAAGAAUAGCACCAUAUGUCGGUUAUCUGGUAGACAAACUGGUGAUCUUUAUCGCAGACCAGCGACAUGACACCAGAGUAAAGCUGUGAAGAUGAGGCUUUGAGAUACUACAUCUUGUCACUGCAAACAGCUGUUGAGGGAAAUUACGCUUCUCAAGAUUGUUUUAUCAUCAUAUCUUCAAUUGGUACGCAUGUUUUCAUGCGGUUUUAAUGAUGCUUGAUGCAGAUUAAAAAGAUGAUUUAUCUGAGUGGUAAAUAGAGUCCUCAGAUAACGACGACACUAGUGUCUCUUCCAGGUGUAAGUCCGAUUUCACUGUAAUGUGCUCCUAGGAGGAAAACAGGAUUUGAAACCUGCCUAAGACCUGUAAAACACCUGUUUCAGAUAUACAUUGUCAUUGUUCACAUGGUAAUGAGCACGUGUUGUAAGCCCUGACUGAUAUGAACAUCUGCACUAUAAGAAUUAAAGGAACUAAAGCAAAAA